AUGCGGCGUUCGGAAAACGCUGUCGCACUCUAUAAGCUGCCCCAAACGGGCCCUAAGUAUGGACUUAAUUUUUUAUUGCAGAUCAAAAGCCUUCUUGGGACAAAAGCAGAGUGGAUAUACCACAUAUUACAGGCAUUUAACACUGGCAAUUUAGCUCGCUACCAAGAACUUUGUAAAGUUUACAAUUCUGCAUUGAAUGCACAACCGGCACUGGUAGCCAAUGAGGAGAAGCUUUUGGAGAAGAUAAACAUUCUCUGUUUGAUGGAAAUCAUCUUUAGUCGACCUUCCGAAGACCGGACAAUUCCACUGAAAAUCAUUGCAGAUCGGACUAAGCUUGCCAUAGAGGAUGUUGAGCAUCUUCUCAUGAAGAGUCUAUCAGUUCGCCUCAUUGAAGGAAUAAUAGAUGAAGUGGAAGGAAGAGUGCAUGUGUCAUGGGUACAACCUAGGGUUCUUGGAGUUCCACAGAUCCAAUCUUUGCGCGACCGGCUUGAUAAUUGGGUCAGCAAGGUGAGAACCGCUUUGAUAUCCGUGGAAUCCGAGCUGCCGGAUCUUGUGGCUUUUUCAUGAGACCCAAAUCUGAUAAGUAAGAGCUAUGAGUAUUCCAUCAUUAUUUCUUCCAUGCAAGAAAUGAUGUUAUGAUUGGAAGGAGAGCAGAAAAUGGAAAGAGAUGCUACUCUAUUUAUUCAAGGUGGGAUGGGAUCAGCUCUCCAAAGUUCAUUUAAUAAGAGUUAAAACUAGAAACAUGCAUACACAGAGAGAGAGAGAGAGAGAGAGAGAGAGAGA